AUGGCCCAAUCCACCGCCCACCGCCGUCUCCUCCAAGAGUACCGCGCCCUGACAAACAACCCCCCAGAAGGCAUCACCGCCGGCCCCGUCUCCGAAGACGACCUCCUCCACUGGGAGGCCCUGAUCCAAGGCCCCGAGGGAACGCCCUUCGAAGGCGGCGUCUUCCCCGCCGAGCUCAAGUUCCCCAAGGACUACCCUCUCGCCCCGCCGACCAUGAAGUUCCUCGUCGACAUGUGGCAUCCGAACAUCUACCCUAGCGGCCUAGUCUGCAUCUCCAUCCUCCACCCCCCAGGCGACGACCCAAACCACUACGAACACGCCUCGGAGCGCUGGUCCCCGAUCCAGUCAGUCGAAAAGAUCCUCAUCUCCGUCAUGAGCAUGCUCGCCGAGCCAAACGACGAGAGCCCCGCCAACGUCGAGGCUGCCAAGAUGUGGCGCGAGCGGAGGACGGAGUACGAGCAAAAGGUCCGCGACGGGGUCCGGCGGUCGCUGGGUCUGUGA